AUGAUUGAUCAAAACAAUCCUGAAAAUAUGUCCUAUGAAUAUCAAAUGGAAAAAACUCUACAAAAAUUACAUGAUGUUAUUCAAUUGAGACAACAAUUACUUCAUGAACGUGCUGUGUUAAAAUCACAACUUGAUAAAUUAUUACAACGAUCUGUCAAUGAUGUUGAUGCUACUACCAUUAUUGAUGAUCAUGAACAUGAUGGUGGUGUUGGUGAUGGCGAUGGUGAUCGGGAUGUUGAUGAUGAUGUUGAUGAUGUUGAUAUUGAUGGUCGUUGUAAUGAUUAUGUCAUUAGUAAUAAUAAUGAUGACGACGAGAAAAUACAUGUUAAUCAGGACAUUGAAGAUUCUAAAUCUAAAGAAGCUGUAAAACAAAUUCGUUCCAAAAUUAAAGAACUUGAAAAACGUUGUGCAUUACAAUUAUUAAGACAUGAAGAAAUCCUCCUGGAAAUUGAAGAUGUACGUAAACGUAGUUGUACCAAUCCCAGUAAUAAUUCCACAUGGAUAUCGACAGCGGCAACAUCAAAUUCACUGAAAAAUCAAUUCAACCAAUUAAAUGACAUGUAUGCAAUGACCACGGAACUAUCCUCCUCCUCGUCAUCAUGUUUAAUGGAUAUGACAAAUGCCAAACAUUUAUCUAACUUGUCUGUCAACAAGUUACAUAACAGUACUAGUACUAGUAACAGUAAUAGUAAUAAAGUGCAUGGUCGUUUAUUACAACAAUCAGGUCAACAGUUUCGAUUGAAAAGCAAACAAGAUUCAACGAAAUCGAAUGAUAUUGAUGCUAUGUUAGCAGAUCAAUCGAGUACAUUGAGUGCAGGAGAAUUAAGCAAACAAUGCGUAAAUAAACAAGUGAAAGGUAGAUUAUUUCGUAGUAAUACAGAAUUACAAAUAUCAGAAGGCGAUGAUCCUAAUUUAGUUGAACUAUUUCAAGUAAUUGAAGAAUCGAACAAAUCAACUGAUGUACCCGCACCAAGAAUGAUUACAUUAGAACGUCAAUUAUAUCAAAGUGUAUUGAUUAGUUGGAAACCGCCUGAAAUGAAUGCCUUAAAUGAAAAUAAAAUUGUAUCCGCUUAUCACAUCUACGUAGAUGGACAAUUUCGGCUAGCUGUAAUGGCAAAAGAAAAAACUCGUGCACUCAUAGAUAAUGUCGAUGCUGAUAAACCUCAUCGAAUUUCAAUUCGAUCCAUUUCAUCACAUGGUCAAUCAAAAGAUGCACAAUGUACAUUAGUUGUAGGACGUGGUAUGACUGCUACACCUGCUCGAUUGAAAGCUACACAAAUCGGUACAAAAUCAGCUAAAUUAAGUUGGAUUCCAGGCAAUAGUAAUUAUUAUCAUCGUGUUUAUUUGAAUGAAUCAUUAUUGCAUGUAUGUAAACCUGGUGUAUACAAAUUACGUUUAACUGAUCUACCACCGGAUACUUUGCAUCAAGUAUGUAUUCAGGCUUUCGCAUCACCAGUUAGUAUACAAGAAUCCGCUGACCAAACACCACCUUGGAUUAUUAAUACAACAUGGAGUGGUGUUUAUACACAGAAACUGGCGGCUUUCAUUGAAUUUCGUACAUUACCUAUAGGUCUACCAGAUCCUCCUAGUCAUGUACAAAUUGAGGCUGGACCUCAAGAUGGUAUGUUAUUGAUAACAUGGCUUCCAGUACCACAAGAUAAAGGAGCAGCUGAUGCUAUUAAAGCUGCUGGUGCUGGGAAUAGUUUACCAGUACAAGGAUAUACUGUUUGUUUAAAUGGUCAACCGAUAAUGGAAUUGAAUGGAGCUUCAAGAGAUCAUGCCAUAUUGAAAUUAUCAACAAUUCGAGAUCAUAUUCAAAAAUUAAUCAAUAAUUCAACAACACAACAACAAUCACCCAUUACUACUUAUGAUAACAAUAAUAAUAGUAGUAGUUGUAGUAAUAUUCAUUCCAAUAAAUUUUCUACUAGUCAUCAUUAUCAUCAAUCAACCAUCAUUGAAUUAUACAUCACUGUGCAUUCAACUGUUCCAACUGAAUUAACAUGUGAACAUGCGUUGAAAUUGAAAAAUUCCACCAAACAAUGUACCACUACUACUACUACAUUAUUGAAAGGAUCUGAAGGUCCUGCAUCGAAACCAAUACGUUUAACUGCAUGCCUAUUGAUUGCUGCUGCUGGUUCACUUGAAACAGCUUAUACAGUGUUUGGUCCAAAUCUUGCAACAAAACUUGGUAUUGUAAGUCUACCAGAUCCUCCAAGUCAUGUACAAAUUGAGGCUGGACCUCAAGAUGGUAUGCUAUUGAUAACAUGGCUUCCAGUACCACAAGAUAAAGGAGCAGCUGAUGCUAUUAAAGCUGCCGGUGCUGGGAAUAGUUUACCAGUACAAGGAUAUACUGUUUGUUUAAAUGGUCAACCGAUAAUGGAAUUGAAUGGAGCUUCAAGAGAUCAUGCCAUAUUGAAAUUAUCAACAAUUCGAGAUCAUAUUCAAAAAUUAAUCAAUAAUUCAACAACACAACAACAAUCACCCCUCACUACUUAUGAUAACAAUAUUAGUAGUAGUAAUAUUCAUGCCAAUAAAUUUUCUACUAGUCAUCAUUAUCAUCAAUCAACCAUCAUUGAAUUAUACAUCACUGUGCAUUCAACUGUUCCAACUGAAUUAACAUGUGAACAUGCAAUGAAAUUGAAAUCCACCAAACAAUGUACCACUACUACUACUACUACUACUACAUUAUUGAAAGGAUCUGAAGGUCCUGCAUCGAAACCGAUACGUUUAACUGCAUGUUUGCUGAUUGCUGCUGCUGGUUCACUUGAAACAGCUUAUACAGUGUUUGGUCCAAAUCUUGCAACGAAACUUGGUAUUGUAAAAAAAUCACAAGAAUUAAACGAAUUAAACAAUAAUAAUAAUAAUAAUGAUAAUGAGACAUAUUCAUUAUCGGAUCAUAAUUUGAAAACAAAAUUCACUAACUCGAAUCAACCAAUCAAAUUGAAACAUUCAUCAUUAUACAAUAAUACAUCCUAUGUACAGAAAUCCGCAACUAGUCCUCUUUCUUCAUCACAUCCUUCUUCUCAUUAUUAUCAACUGCGCCCUAAUCAUCGUCAGCAUCAUGAGCACCAACCUCAUCAGUAUCAAAAAAAUCAAUCUCCUCGACAUUUUAAACAUUCCAAAUAUAAAUGGCGUCAGACAAGAUCUAUGUCGGAUGAUUACGAGUUACAGCUAAGAGAUGAUCUUGUCAAAGAUCUGUAUCAUAGUGAUGAAGCAUCAUUGAAUAAUAAUCAUAAUAAUAAUGAUAGUUCACUAUCAAGUGAAUCAUCUAAACUGCCAACGAAUCAUCAUCAUAACCAAUGGUUUCGUACAUCAUCCUCGUAUAAUUUAACAGCCGAUUAUCCAAAUCGACAAUGGAAACCACGUGGUACGAUAAGAACUAACAUGCAUAAAGAUUAUCCACAUGAAUAUCAUGAAUCGCCUACAAUAAUGGAACGAUUAUUCAAUACACGACAUGAAGGAGGAGGAAUUCGACGUAAACCUUUGCAUUAUUUACAUACUAAUAAAAUAUUAUAUCCUUUACGCUACUAUCCACAGUCUUUCAAAAGUUAUACAUAUAGUGGUAGAAUAUCACCGGAGAAAUUUAAAUAUGGCGCCAAACGAUUAGCUAAUCAAUAUCCAAUGAAUCGUUGCUGUUAUAAUUAUUCAAAGCAUGAACCACAUCCAAUGUCUUCAUCCUCGAAUGAAGAUAGAUAUCCUGACAAUAGUAGUACAUUGACGAAUCGAAAUUAUCCAAAUCAAACAACCAUAGAUCAUUGUAAUAAGAAUUCAUUUUUGAAUGUAUUGAACAACGAGCAAUGUUUAAUUGCAUCAACACGUAGUCGUAGUACAAGUCCUAAACGUAUACACAAUAAAUUUAUUGGAUCCAGUUGUUAUGAUCAUCAUCCUCAUCCUCAUUCAUCUAGAAGAAGUACAGAAAUUGAUUAUAAUAGCUUGAAUGUACCGAUUCAUAGAACUACUAGACAUCAUCAUCGUCUAUUACAACCACCAACAUCAUUAGGAAUGGAAUAUCGUAGAUGGCCAAUUAGAGAAAGGUAUUAUUCUGGACAUGUCAAUCCUCAUGAAAAUCUUUCAUUACCGGAAAUACAUAUAACACGUAAUAGUAGCUUAUCAGACAAUGAACCACAAUUUCAAACAACUGAUCAUUAUUCACAACAAUCACAAUAUCCUCCUCCCUAUCAAGAUCUUCGUGGACCAACUAGACCAAUUCGAUCACGUUUUAUGGAUACACGACGACAUGGUUCAUAUGAUCCUCAAAUGAAUAAUGCUAACUACUUGGCAGCGCGUCAUGAUUCUGAUUAUGCACGUCCUAUGGCACCAACAGAUUCCUAUACAUCUGGACCACCAAAAAGACCAUUUGGUUUUAAUAUGGUAUCGCAAGCACCUGGUCCUAUAGGUCAACAUGAUUAUAGACCUGCACUGAAUCAAGUCAAUGUUAAAAAUUAUAGAUCAGCUGAUCAAGGAAGUCAAGCAGUUGCGCCACAACAACAAUUAUCAUCUCAAUAUUCACGUCCGAGUAAAUCGUUUAUACAAAAUGAACAACAAUUUAACAGAAAUCAACGAAAUAUCACUGAUGAUUAUUCCAGUCGUGGUGAAUCGAAACCAAUUCAUGUGGUAGUGGCCUUGUAUGAUUAUGAUCCUACAACUAUGUCACCAAAUAUUGAUGGUGCACAAGAAGAAUUACCAUUUCGUGAAGGACAAUUAAUUAAAGUAGAUUGA